CAGGGUUACCGCGCCCAUCUCUGCCGUUUGAUGGCCGGAGGAAGCGCCUGAGAGACCGCGGUGAGGAGAAAGAAAGGAAGAAAGAGAGCAGGCGAGAGAACGACAGCGGGACAGAAAGGGACGCGACGUUUGGAAAGGGGACCGGAGUAAACAACUUUGCUUUGAGUCAACGUCCAAAAAAAAAAAAAACCCAAAAAGACGCGUUGUUUGCAGCAGAAUUUUUUUGCGUUUGUGUGCGUGAGUGAGUGCGUGUGAGAGAGUGAGUGAGUGUGUGUGAGAGGGAGAGAGAGAAAGAGAAAGAAACGUGCCGCUGUCUUUGCGCCCGUGGUGUGCCGGUGUGUGUCCCCCCCGUUUGGCGAAUCGAAAGCUGGGUGCGGGGAGUGGCGCUCCUCGGUAACGCUCGUUAGCUCGACGGAGAGAAAGGGGGAACUCUGUAUCUCUGCUGUUUCCAGUCAAUGCGAUAUAAACCACGGAUUCCCACGACUGAAAACGGAUCAGUAAGUGACCCAGUGCGAGGCAGGAGUGAAACGUACCAUUUAGAAAAGGAAAAUGAGCGAACUCGACCAACUACGUCAGGAGGCUGAGCAGCUGAAGAACCAGAUCAGAGAUGCAAGGAAAGCAUGUGCAGAUGCCACCCUGUCUCAGAUCACAGCCAACAUCGACCCGGUUGGCCGAAUUCAGAUGCGCACCAGGCGGACACUGAGAGGUCACCUGGCUAAAAUCUACGCCAUGCACUGGGGCACCGACUCACGGCUCCUUGUCAGUGCUUCCCAGGAUGGUAAACUUAUCAUUUGGGACAGCUAUACCACAAACAAGGUGCAUGCCAUCCCACUGCGCUCCUCAUGGGUUAUGACGUGCGCAUACGCACCAUCCGGCAACUAUGUGGCUUGCGGUGGCCUGGAUAACAUCUGCUCCAUCUACAACCUGAAGACACGUGAGGGAAAUGUCCGUGUGAGCCGUGAGCUGGCUGGCCAUACAGGUUACCUCUCCUGCUGUCGUUUCCUGGACGACAACCAGAUUGUCACUAGUUCAGGUGACACCACCUGUGCUCUCUGGGACAUUGAGACGGGGCAGCAGACGACUACAUUUGCAGGUCACACUGGGGAUGUGAUGUCUCUCUCUCUGGCUCCGGAUGCACGCUUGUUUGUCUCUGGUGCUUGCGACGCCUCUGCUAAGCUUUGGGACAUCAGAGAGGGCAUGUGCAGACAGACCUUCACUGGCCAUGAGUCCGACAUCAACGCCAUCUGUUUCUUCCCCAAUGGGCAUGCAUUUGCCACAGGCUCUGACGACGCCACCUGCAGGCUAUUUGAUCUGCGUGCCGACCAGGAGUUGAUGGUGUACUCUCACGACAACAUCAUCUGCGGCAUUACCUCGGUGGCCUUUUCCAAAAGCGGCCGUUUGCUGCUCGCUGGCUAUGACGACUUCAACUGCAACGUGUGGGACACCCUCAAAGCCGAUCGCGCAGGUGUCCUGGCGGGCCAUGAUAACCGUGUUAGCUGCUUGGGUGUUACUGAUGAUGGAAUGGCAGUGGCCACAGGAUCUUGGGACAGUUUCCUUAAGAUCUGGAAUUAAAGCCGCGAGAUGGCAUCUGGACUCCAAAGUUGACUGGAAGACCAUUCCAACCUAAUGUUAAAUUUUAUUGCAUAUCCAAUCUUCUUAAAUACAAACCAACACAACUGACCCCGUUAUCUGAGGAAAACAACAGGGCAAAAAUGAUUCUCCUUCCCAGAAAUAGAGCACAAUUAUUGCAUUCAGUACAUCACGUGGAAAUCAGCGGGGUCGACAUUAUGUGAUGAGGGGAGGGGGGAGGGGCAAAAGUAACUGUGCAUUCCUACCGGGACCAUUUUCCAAGUGCUCAUCACACUGCUAAUGUAAUCUAACAGAAAACAGGCAGCAGUCAUUUUUUUCCCCCUACAUGACUUGACAUGUUUUUUUUUUUUUUGUUUUGUUUCCUUACAUCCCGUUUACAUACGGUUAGUGUUUCAACUGAGGAUCAAAAACUCUUUUAUCACUUAGUCUUUAAAUAUUUUAGAAACGAGUUCGUAGACGGAGGAUAAUGUUGACAAUAAUCGCGGGCGUUCUAAUAAUACAGCUUUGUCGUGUCCGAGACGAGGAGCGGUUUGAGCCUGACCUGUAUAUUUAGUCACACAAUCUUUUUUUUUUUUGUUUGUUUGUUUUUGUCUAGUCACGAGUCUUUGUUUGCACAAGAAUAAAGCAUUGCAUACAUAGAAUAAUGUUGAAAAUGUUGACUAACCAAGCACAUGCUGUUAAAUGAAUGCUGAAAGAAAAAAGGUCCAUUUUAAAGUAUAUUUCCUUUUUUUUUUUUUUUUUUUGCCUGAUGGGGUUUGAGUAAUGAAAUGAAGAUUAAGCUGUCAUUUUAAAGUUUAAUUUUCUCUUCUCAAUGUCCUUCAGUUUUUUGGCUAAGCUUUGGUGUGGAGGGUGAGGAAGGGCGAGGGGCGGGAAUCGAGGGGUUUCAUGGCGGAACACGAAUUUCCAUUUUCACCCGGUUUCAACACAGGUGCCCGUUCCGUGCUUGGAAAAACCAGUUACUUCUCUGUGAAUGACAUGUUGUAAAAAUCAAUGUUUGAAAAUAAUGAUAUUGAAAAAAAAAAAACUUUUUAAGUUAAAAAUUAAAAAAAAAAAACUUUUAUUUUGGUCGUCUGCCAUGAGUGAGUUAACUCUUAGAAUCGCAUGCUGUAGAAUUGCUUAAAAAGAGGUGCAUAUGGAAAGUCCUUUGAUGUUUUUCUUUACAAAAAUAACCUGUUAAAUAGAUCAUCACAACAAUAUUUAUAUUCUUUUUUUUUUCCUUUUUGCUACUCUGUGCAUACAUAAUUCAAUUAAACUCGUAAAAGCUAUGCACUCGAGAAGCAAACACAUUGAUUGACCUGCUCUAUCCAUACCUUGAAGUUUCUAAAACACUCGUACACUGACCCUUUCUCCCUCUCACACGCGCGCACACACAUACACACACACACACACACGGAAACGCAUACUCAAAUGAGAACAAAAAAUUUCAUUCUUUCUGUAGCAAAAUGAAAAUUCCAGAUGAGAAGAAAAGAAUGCUAGAGACAUUUUGUAACAAACAGGUUUUAAUGUCCUUUAAUAAAAAAUUGAAAAAAAAAAUCUUGCAGCAUUCGAAUGGCAGAAUUUUUCUGUUGUUCCUUUCUGCGUGUAACGAGAGGCGCUCUUUCCUUAGCGGUAGUGGCAUUUCUUCCAUUCUGUUCUCCCUCUGCGACAUUCUGUACAAAAAAAAAAGUGCUGUCGUUGUGCAUUAGGCCUGGAGUCGGCAACUAAAUAAAUAAAGAAAAUCUACAAAAAAAAAAAAAACAAGAUUAAAUCAAUUCCUUUUUUCUCCCUCUCUUUCUGUCUGUCUCUCUUCAUACAAAUAACUGUAGAGCUCUGCACACCCCCACUGUAUCCUCAUCCAUCUUUUGUAUUUAAUUUUAAAUUCAGUGUACAACAGAAAGCUGGAUGCAAGAUAGAAACUAUAUUAAAAUGUACUGUUAUUUAAGAUGUAAUAAAGCAGUUUGAGAUGA